CAUAAAAGACAAGUAUGCAGAGAGCCGGGGAUGUUAAUCAAAACGAGGAUCCGACUUCACAGGGUACCAGGGCCUCACAAGAACAAGGAAAUAAUUCAAAUAGACUAGAAACCCAACAGUUCGACCAAGAAGAUAAUUCAAAUACACAAGAGGUCAUGCAAGUUGAGCUGAGAGAGGUUUCAAAUACGCAAGAAGUCAUACAAGUUGAGCAGGAAGAGGUUUCAAAUACCCAAGAAUUUGAGAAAGAAGAUAAGCCAGCGUUGCAAGUUCAAGACAAUGCAGAGCAAAUGGCAGAACAGAACUGUAAGAAGAGACAACAUGAAGAUGAACAGCCCAAUGAUGAAGAUGACGUAACAUCUUCAAAGAAGCUAGCUAAAAUUGAUCCCUACCAACUGAUAAUAUUUUACAUCGAGAGAAAACACACAACCUAUAUAAAAACGUACCUACAGACAAAACAUACAGUUGACUUCACAAGUCUCGGUGGACAAAGAUGCAUUUUAGAAGCAAUCAAGAAUGAUGAUCAAGAACAACUAGAAGUGUUUCUCAAACAUACACCAAAUGCCAAAAACGUGGUGUUUGACAGGUCAAUGACAUCAGAUGAUUCUGACUUAACAGCUUUAAUGUAUACUAUAAAGUAUUGCCGUAUUGGUUGUCUGAUAAUACUUCUUAAGAAUGGUGUUGAUGUGAAUGUGCAGAAUAAUAAUGGUGAUAGCGCUCUUAUUGUUGCUGCUGCUACUGCUUCUAGGUAUAGUAGUGGUGUUGAAUGUCUGAGAUUACUUAUUGCGAGUGGUUCUGAUGUGAAUGUGCAGAAUAGAAAAGGUGAUAACGCUCUUAUUGUUGCUGUUGCUGUUG